CGCACGCAGGAUGGGGGGAGGGAGCGCACAACGUGCGCGCGCCCUCUCCCUCCUCCACCGCUGCCGCCUCCUUCUUCUGCCGCUCCUGGUGCUGCUUGUGUGCUCGUUCGGUGCGGACCUGGUACCUCUUUUGUGAAGCGGCAGCUGAGGAGACUCCGGCGCUCGCCAUGGCCGACGAAAAGCCCAAGGAAGGAGUCAAGACUGAGAACAACGAUCAUAUUAAUUUGAAGGUGGCGGGGCAGGAUGGUUCUGUGGUGCAGUUUAAGAUUAAGAGGCAUACACCACUUAGUAAACUAAUGAAAGCCUAUUGUGAACGACAGGGUUUGUCAAUGAGGCAGAUCAGAUUCCGAUUUGACGGGCAGCCAAUCAAUGAAACAGACACACCUGCACAGUUGGAAAUGGAGGAUGAAGAUACAAUUGAUGUGUUCCAGCAGCAGACAGGAGGUGUCUACUAAAAAGGGAACCUGCUACUUUACUCCAGAAUUCUGUUCCUCCAGACCAAGAAGACAUUCUCAAUUAGAAAACUGCAAUUUGGUUCCACCACAUCCUGACUACUACAGUAUAGUUUCUCUAUUCUUUCAUUUUCCCCUUCCCCAUUCCUUUAUUGUACAUAAAGUAACUGGUGUAUGUGCACAAGCAUAUUGCAUUUUUUUUUUUUAAAUGGCCAACGGUAUGUUUUGAUCGACAUCAAAUGGAGAUGGAAUGGGGAAAAAUACUGGUUCUGUGAAGAUACCCCCUUUUCUCCAUUAGUGGCAUGCUCAUCAGCUCUUAUCUUUAUAUUCCAGUAAGUUAUUUUGCUCUCACUGUUUAACAAAAAAAGAACAACAUAAAAAUUCUUGCAUACCUUGUUCGAUUGGAGAAUUUUAAUGUUUUUCAUUUAUCAUUGUAAAACCAAGGACAAUUUUAUAACUUUUUUGUACGUAGCUGUUACAUGUAGGGCAAUCUGUCUUUAAGUAGGGAUAAAUUACUCUAAAAGAAAUGAAUCCUAGAUAGUUUUCCCUUCAAGUCAAGCGUCUUGUUGUUUAAAUAAACUUCUUGUUUAAAAUGA